AUGGUCCCAAUGAAGCCAUUGAAUUUGUUCCUCAGGGCGUUGCAGGUUGCAUUCGCAACCAUUGUGAUGGGCCUGAUCGGUGAUAUGUUGAAUGACUACGAUGACCACAGUCAGUCGACAGUGAACUAUGUUAUGUUCGCAGUAGCUUUCUCAUUGGCAACGCUAUUCUAUCUCAUAGCUGCUAAUGCCAGUGAGAUGUUCAUGAUUCACCCAGUCAUUUUGUUCCUUGUGGACUUGUUGAACACACUUUUCAUCUUCUGCGCUGCUGUGGCGCUGCCAUCGAAAUUGCAUGUGCCAGAUUGCAGUAAUGAUGAUGAGCUCCGUGACAACUCUAUCACGAAGCAGUCACGAUCUCUGUCGAAGACUUGCCGCGAGGCGAAGGCAUCAACUGCUUUUCUUUGGUUCUUGUGGUUUACCUUCCUCCUCACCACGAUCUUCUCAGGAAUGACUAUGACUGGGGGAUGGAUGGGUAUUAGCCGCCGGGCGCAUCGACGAUCAUCCCGAGUUGCGCCGCAGCCAACGAUGUCUCAAGUCUGAACGAAAGUAUUGCGGGCUGUGGGUAUAUGGUUGGCAGUGACUGGCCUGCUCGAUCACUACCUUCUAGAAACGGUUGACUGCUUUAGAAGAGGGGAGAUAACGCAUAAGAUGGAGUUGGGGCGGAAAGGUAUCUCUUCGUAUAAAGCUGGAGUUUUGAUGUGACUUUGGUUGAUUGGAUGUGGGUGAGUUGCACGAGAGUCAUAGGAAGACUUUCGGAAAAAGGAAAAAAAGAAAAAAAAAAAGGAAAGGAAACUGAAAACAUUUUAAGCAUUUGUCAUGAUACUCCCCAGGACAGAGACGCAGGCUCUUAUGUAUCAUUUGAGCUCUUUUUUUUUUCCCCAUUCGCGUACACUCUACUCCCCUUGGCAUAUUCGCUCGUUGUGGACUGGUUUCAAAGCUUGUGAAUUUCGGGACUCAUGUUGUACUAAUAUCUAAUGAUUUUGCGUCUCGAUUUUCUUCGAUUU